AGCAUCAAUCAAUUCCCGUCACCGAGCAAAGAUGCAACUCAAUCUUGGAGCGAUUUUUCUGGCCCUGCUGGGAGUGAUGGCCACGAUGGCUCCAUCGGUGCUGUCAGAGCCUCAUCGUCACCAGGGACCCAUUUUCGAUACGAGGCCGUCGCCCUUCAAUCCCAACCAACCCAGACAGAGACCGGGAGUGUAUUGAAGAGUCCAAUGUCCUGAUGUCGUUAACACAUUGACUAAGUUGAUACAAUUAAAGCAGAACUGAACAUCAAA